GCAAAACGCGUUUUGCUGAAUGAAGUGUGAUUCACAAAGCGCGAUUUAAAUCAUAAAAUUGUGAUUUAAUCAUCCUGAUUGGUGUGUGCCGAUUGGUUGUACCUGAUAACAGAGCGUAGGAUCCAGUAUGGAGAUUCCUCUGGAAACAACAGAGCACACAAUUCCGGAGAUCAAGUAUGAGUAUCUGGAUCAUACGGCAGACGUCCAACUGCACGCCUGGGGUGAAACGCUACAGGAAGCGUUCGAACAGUGCGGGAUGGCAAUGUUCGGCUACAUGACGGAGCUAUCGUCGGUGUCGAUCAAUAAGUGCUUUCAAAUCACCACCGAGCCCACGGACGAUAUGGACAACCUGUUGUAUCGAUUCUUGGACGAACUGUUGUUCCUGUUCUCGGCGGAACCGUUCCUGAUUUGCAAGAAGCUCGUCAUCACCAAGUUCGAUCUGGAGGAGUUCACGAUCGAGUGUAGCUGCUACGGUGAGGAGUUCGACCUGCAGAAGCACCCGCAAGGGACGGAAGUGAAGGCGAUCACGUACUCCGCGAUGAAGAUCUAUCGGCAACCGGAGCAUGACAAGAACGAGGUGUUUGUUAUAAUAGAUAUCUAAGAGCACAUUAUAAUACAGCAAUGACCGUUUCGAA